UCACACACACACACACACACACACACACACAGCAAGAUCUCCUCUCUCAUGCGGGACGUAAGCGAACCAUCAGCUUCUCCAUUUUUCCAAUCUGUCCAGGCUGGGUCAUCAUGAGGGUGGUGUCAUCAGACAGCGGCUCCGUCACUGUGGCAAACACAGAAUACACAGACGAGACGGAGAGUGCAGAGACCAGUGACCACACCGAGUUCUGGAGAGGAGACCCGUCAGUGCGCAGACUCGCUGCAGUGCCCUCUGGCGGCCGCUGGCGGUGGUGCGCAGGUAUCGCCGGUUCUGUGGCGGCUCUGAUGCUGCUCCUGCUGAUCAUCACUGUAUCUGUGAACCAUGUGAAAUUUAACAGGAAGUUUUCAGCUACAGAGGUGAGAAUACAGAAUCUGACGCAAAUAAUCCUGAACGUCAUUAGCAGAACUCAGGAGCUGGAGCAAUUCGGACAUAAAAUAAAUGCGGAUGUGAGCAGUCUGGAGUUUGACCAGAGGAUGACGGAGACCUCCAUGAAUAAUCUGCUUGAGUCGGCACAGGCUCUCCAUGACAAAGUUUCAGAGCUCAAAUGCCACAUCGACAAGAUGAGAAACAACAACACACAGGAGCUGUGCUGUCCUGACCAAUGGUCCCUGUUCUCCUCCAACUGUUAUUUCUUCUCUACUGAUGGGAUGUCCUGGGACUCAGCCAGAGACGAGUGUGAGAGGAAGAGAGCAAAGUUACUGAUCCUAACCAGCAAACUGGAGAAGAGUUUCGUGGUCAGCAAGACCAAGCCUCUCUUCUACUGGUUGGGUUUGACUGACGGCCGGACGGGUGAGUGGGAAUGGCUGGAUGAGACGCCGUACGAGAUGGUCAGGAGUGAAUGGAGGCCUGGUCAGCCGGAUAACUGGAAGGCUCAUGGUUUGGGAGGAGGUGAAGACUGCGCUCACUUUCACCAUGACGGACGCUAUAAUGACGACCACUGCUCUCGACACUACAGAUACAUCUGUAAAGCUGCAGCCUCGGCCAUCUGACACAAUACACACACACAUACACAGAUGCAUGCACAUACAAACAUAUGCAUGCACACAUACACACAUAGACAAACACAAAUAAGCAUGCACACAUACACAAACACACGAAUAUGCUUGCACACACAAACAGACACACAUAUGCACGCACGCAUAGACACAAAAGCAUGCACACAUACACAAACACAUAUGUAUGCGCACACACAAACACACAUAUGCAUGCACACAUACUACUGACAUAGACAGGUACACACAUAUGCAUUGCACAUACACAAACACACACA